AUGUGGUUGGUGGAGGCAAAGGCAAAAACUUAUGGUGUGCUCAUUGUGUGCAUCUUCAUCUCCCCUGUGUUGGUGGUGCUAAUCUACCUGGCACUCUGCAGCAGGCUGAGCAGCAUGAGAACAGCAUCCAGCUGCACCAACGGCCAGUCUGGAUGCCACUUCCUCACCCUGGCCAACCUGUUUGACCGGGUCAUCCAGCACUCAGCCAGGAUGCAUGGCAUUUCAAAUGACCUCCACUCUGAAUUUGAACUCUAUUUCCUUCCCAGUAAAAACCAGAUUGGCCGGGUCAGUCGCAACUGCCACACGUCUACCAUCCUAACUCCAAAUGGCAAAGAGAAUGCUCAGAGAAUAGCGAGAGAGGAACUAACCGAGGUGAUUCUGAAGCUCCUGGUUGCGUGGCGGGAACCUCUGUGGCAUUUUCACCAGAACAUGGCUCAGCACCAUGAAUUUAACAAUUUCAGCUCAAACAAGUCUCUGGAAAUGAGUGACAUGGUGCAUGAACUACGCAGGGGUGUGCAAAAAGUGGUUGAGAAGAUGCAGAUGCUGGGAGUAAUAAGCAGUUCUCUUGGUAACCUGGGUUCCCCAGAGGCUCUGAUGGCAUCCGACAGGGCAGAAUGGCGACUCAUGAAUGACUAUGAUCUCCUCUAUUGCUUUCGUCGUGAUUCAAACAAGAUUCAGAAUUACCUGAAGAUCCUGAAGUGUCGAAUUGUUCCAGAGCAUGGGUGCUAAAAGGAACACUAUCGAAGACGUUGUGUUGGACUCUGUGAAAUCAGCAUUGAAAUGGAAAUACGCCACAAAGAAACAAUGUAUAUCCUGACUUACUGUGCAUUCCUUUUGCCAACUAUCAGGCAUGAAGUAGCUACACUUAAAAUUUGUUCAAUUCUGUCAUGAAAGAAGACUUGCAGGUGGUUGGCUUCUGUGUACUUCAGAACUUCAGAAAAACUUUGGGCAUAAUGUAAGGAUGCAGUGGCAGCACAAUUGUUUACAAAUGUCAUG